GUGAUCUAUAAACAUUUUGCCUAAAGUGAAUAUAACCAAACGUCGAUGAUAAAAAGGAAUACAAAUUUUUUCAUAUUCUCAGAUGAUUGGAUUAUUUUUCUUAAUUAUAUAAUGAUGAAGAAGGUAGUAGUUUUUUUCAUGAUCAUUUUUACAAGCCAACUCUGCACAUCUCAUGGGCAAGAUUGUCAGAGUGGACAGGAAGUGCAAAACACUCUUCGUCAGGUCCAGAAGCUUCUCUCCACCCAUGAAACCUCAUUCCUACAGAGUCUACGGAGCCUCCGCAAGAAACUCAGCCUGUUACAGAACAGCACAGUGAAAUACAACAAAACCAACACAGGCAAGAGCAGCACAGACUGCCCUCCUCCAGAGUCGGUGGCUAAUGGGCGGAUCCUGGGGCGUGUAUUUAAGGUGGGCCAUGAGGUCCACUUCCUGUGUAGCCCUGGGUUUCAGCUGAUGGGCUCAGAAACCAGAGUCUGUCUGGGUACCCAGAGCUGGAGUGGAAUACAACCGUCCUGCAAGUUUAUGGACACCACUAUAAACAAUGAUGCCUCCGCUACUACAUCAGCAUACUCUUCCUCAUCUUCCUAUCAUGCUCCUGCCUCCAUCUCCACAAACGUGCGACCAUCCCGCUGCAUUGAGUUUCUAGGCUCCAUCCACUGCACAUGUGAGCAAGGCUACAGCAUCUCCAGCCAGGACAGCACUCUGUGCACAGACAUUGAUGAAUGUGAGCUCUUCCAUCUAACUCAACCUGGCCGUCUGUGUUUGCAUACCUGUGUGAACACGGCUGGAAGUUUCCACUGUCAGUGUCCUGUGGGUUACAGCCUUGGCCGAGACAGCAGGACCUGCCAAGACAUUGACGAGUGUGCGAGAGGGACCCAUAACUGCACUAGUGAGCAGGUGUGUGUGAAUACAUACGGCGGUCAUCGCUGUGUGGAGGUUCAGUGCCCUCACUUCCGCAACGCCGCAUACAUCAAAACCUCACCGCUGCGUUGUGAUCGUAACCCUUGCCACCAAGACAACAAAGUCUGCCUGCAGGCUCCAGUCUCCAUUAACUUCCACUUCAUGUCUUUGGUGUCCAACAUGUCGACACCUACCAUCCUCUUUCGGCUGUCUGCAGCCCGCAUCCUGGGCGACACGCUGCGGUUCAGUCUUUUGGGUAACCGGGGAGUCAAGCACUUCACCGUCCAGCGGUCGGGCAGACAGACGGGGCAACUGGUGCUGUUGAACUCCGUACAGGGCCCUGCUACGUUGGAGGCUGAUAUAGAAAUGAGCGAGCUCGAGAGGAGGGUUCUGCUCGGGCGAUACAUCACAAAAGUCACUCUCUUUGUGUCCCCGUAUAACUUUUGAGAGAGGACGACAGACGAUGGACUGACAACACUGUGAAAUAAUAUACAGGUGAGAUAUUGGCGGCCGGGCCUGCGGAGGUGAGAUAGGAGUGCUAUUAUACUUAUUUCUGAGGUGCCAGUUUAAGAGGACUAAAUCAUUUUUUGUUGCAAGGUCAGAGAAAUUAUAUUUCCUUAGAAUAAGAAAAUAAAAUCAAGAUUUUUAUUCGUUCUAUUUCUACCAAAGUAUUUAUGCAGUGUUGUAGCUAUUUUUAAUACACUGCCUGGCCAAAAAAAAAAAAAAAAAAUUGCAGUUUGGAUUUGAAUAAGCAGAUACUUAAGAGCCUAUGAUUGGAUCAUUAUUGCAGUGAUUAAUAUGUUUCAGCUGGGAACAAUUAUUUUAACCAUAACUGAUGCAGUGUGUAGCUUCUCAUUUCUUAAACAACCAUGUUGGAAUAUGUAUCGUGGCCGUGGAAAAGAUGUUACUGUGUUUCAGAAGGGGCAAAUUAUUUCAAGCAAAGAAAACAACUAAGGAGAUUGCUGAAAUCAUUGGAAUUGGGUUAAGAACUGUCCAACGCAUUAUUAAAACCUGGAAGGAUAGCGGUGAACCAUCAGAUUCACGGAAGAAAUGUGGUCGGAAAAAAAUCUUGAAUGAUCGUGAUCGGAGAUCACUAAAACGUUUGAAGUCACAUCGUAAAAAAUCGACAGAAGAACUCACGGCUAAGUUUAAUAGUGAAAGUAAGAGCAUUUCCACGUGCACAAUGCGAAGAGAACUUACAGGAUUGGGACUAAACAGCUGUGUGGCCACAAGAAAGCCACUUGUUAGUGAGGCUAAUCUGAAAAAAUUACUUCAGUUUGCUAGGGAGCAUAAAGAUUGGAAAGUGGAGCAAUGGAAAAAGGUCAUGUGGUCUGAUGAGUCCAGAUUUACCAUAUUUCAAAGUGAUGGCCGUGUCAGGGUAAGAAGGGAAGCACAUGAAGCGAUGCACCCAUCAUGCAAAGUGCCCACUAUACAAGUCUCUUGAGGCAGUGUUAUGAUCUGGAGUUGAUUCAAUUGGUAAGGUCUAGGCUCAGCAAUGUUAUGCGGCAAUAAAAUGAAGUCAGCUGACUACCUGAAUGUACUGAAUGACCAGGUUAUCCCAUCAGUGGAUUUUUUCUUCCCUGACAGCACGGGCAUAUUCCAUGACAACAAUGCCAAGAUUCAUCGGGCUCAAAUUGUGAAAGAGUGAUUCAGGGAGCAUGAGGAAUCAUUUUCACACAUGAACUGGCCACCACAGAGUCCUGACCUUAACCCCAUUGAAAGUCUUUGGGAUGUAUUGGAGAAGACUUUAUGGAGGUGUUCGACUCUCCCGUCAUCAAUACAAGAUCUCGGACAAAAAUGAAUGCAACUCAGAAUUAAAUGUUGUGAUGUUGCAAAAGGUUGUCGGAAUAAUACCACAACGAGUGUAUGUCAUAAUCAAAGCUAUAGGCGUUCCAACGAAAUAUUAGAGUAUGCAACCUUUUUUUGGCCAGGCAGUGUAUGUAUGAUUAGUUUUGUAAUUUGGAAAUGUGAUAAAUGGUAAUGAAUUCAUUUAAAUGCUUUUAAAACAUUUCAGGGUCAAUGAAAAAUGUCUAAGAUGAUGAAAAGGAACAACUUCUUAAAAUUUGAGUUUUAAAUGCAUGUGCUAACUUGUAAUA